AUGGCCUCGAAGGGCCACGACCAGAGGGAAAAUUCUGAAGAAAACAUGCAAUGUCACAGCAAAGUCAGCUCUUCUUUUUACAAGGGCUUAAAAAAUAUCAAGAAGAUUACCUUAGAUCAUAACAACAUCAGAAGUAUUCCUAGUGGAUUAUUUCACGGAUUAGACACACUCGAGGUUGUGAACUUAGAGGGUAACAAAAUUGCAAAACUUGACGAAGGCGUUUUCUCAAAUGAUUCUGUUGUGCAGGAGAUUUACCUUCAAAGCAACAAUCUCAGCGAUGUUCCCUCUGUAAUAUUUCGCCUAAGGAAUGUGUCGAACAUUGAUCUCUCCCACAAUUUGUUGACUUUCGAAGAUCUUCUGGAUGUUGUCGAAAGUUUAAGUGAAGAAUCAUUUAUAGCUAACUUUUCUUUUGAAGACUCUGGGUCCAAACUGCUCAAUUUAUCAAAUAACAAUUUCACUACGUUGGACAUUCAAGGCUUAAGUGAAGUUAAACAAUGGAGAAUUACUCGUUUUCUGGAAAUAUACGAGAUCGAUUUGGCAGGGAAUCUUUUAAUCUGCGAUUGCGGUAUAUUAGGCAUCAAACAAAAGAUAGAAACGCUCUUAAAAAGCAACCACGCCUGGAAAUCACUGUUUAAAACGUGGAAAUGUGCCUGGCCUGAAGAACUGAGGGACCAAAACAUCCUGGAAAUUAAUGAGAAUUACGUAAUUGCACAAAAGAGGCCAAAGUUUUGUCCUGUUGAAUGUUCUUGUUUUGAGCGUUGUUUGGAUCAAACUAUCCUCAUCGAUUGCGAGGGAAGAAACCUCACCGAAGUACCCAGAAUAUUGUCACGCAGUACCAUGAUUGAACUUAGAGACAAUAACAUCCGGGACAUACCAGUGUAUCCUUACAUGAAAAACCUUUUGGCUUUGUAUUUGACGCGCAACAAGAUCCAAGAAUUAAAUCCUAUGAUGGUGAACAACUUAAAACGGAUAAGAAUUCUACAUGUGGACUCAAACAACUUGACAAGCUUGCCAAGAAAUAUCGAGAACCUUCUUUUCACAAAUCUUGCAUUGCAUGAUAAUGUUUUCAAGUGCAGUUGUAACACAAGGUGGAUGAAGAACUGGCUGCAGAGACUCAACCACAGGCAACAAGUUGAACAGAUCGAAAAUGUUCUUUGUGAGUCGGAUAAUACCGAACAAGUAAAAGCUAUCUACACCUUGCCAGACGAGAAAUUCGGUUGCAACGGAACUGCCGGGCACAACAGAAAUGUUGCCAAUAAAACCACAAUAACACAAGACAGAACUUCCACAAUCAUAGCUGUUACCCUCGGGAGUUUGUUAGCCAUAAAUGUUGUUAUAUUUAUCCUGCUACAUAAGUACAAAAGGGUCGUGAAAGCGUUACAUACAUACAUACAU